CGCGGAUAAAAAUGGCCGCAGUGUUGUCUUCGUGUUUGAAUGGUGUGGUAUGAGGUUUUCGCAAUUUUAACUUUACUUAAUUAAAAAAUCUAUAUACAUUAAAAGAACAAUUUUCGGGCAGAUCAUUAUUAAUCAUAUCUCAUUGCGAUGUCUGAAAGUACGAGUCCUAGUGUAUUAAGUUAUCUAAGACAAUAUAGAUUUCAAAAGAAACCUACCCCAGGUUCUAGCGGGGUUGUAACUGUUUCAGCAUCAUCUUCUGGCUCUCCAUCACAAAUUCGUAUGCCAGCUCCAAGCACAGCAAAUAGAAAUGGACCUAUAGUAUAUAAAAGAAUUAGAAUCCAAGAUUCUGAUUCAGAUGACAACCCAUCACCAGCUAAGAAGGUUGUGGUAGAACUAACAACAGCAGUCAAAGAAAGAAGGUUCCGGAACAUGCUAGAAAUGUUUCCUGAUAUUUCUCCUCUAUUUGUAAAGAACACUUUGGUGAAACAUGGUUGGAAUGAGGAGAGAUCUCGUGAUGAGCUCCUCAAACACGAUCCAGAGAGUAAUGACAAAGCUUCAUCAUCCACAUUCUUUGCAUCCCGUCCCGGAUUUUCUGGACAAUUACCGAGAACCAAUGGUAUGAUAGUCAGAGUUACCAGCGGGCCUAGUGUGGGAGUUAGAAAACCCUUAGCCGCUAAAGGAGGAAGGGCGAGACGAGGUAGCAGCGGCAGUGAAGAUGACGACUAUGGAGUUAGAAAGGGCAAAGAUGACAGAGUAUAUGACAGUGAGGACUCCGAUAAUGAGGUGACAGAUGAUCUUGUAGGUGAUAAACGAAAGGUGUUUGAGUUCCUUAACACAAGCAGCAUGAAUGAAUUGUCUUUACUAAGUGGCUGUUCCCAGAAGAAGGCGGAGGCGAUAAUGGCCCAAAGACCGUUUAAAGGCUGGGUGGAUAUGGUAGAAAAAUUCAAUAACAACAAGAUGUUGAGCACAGAUCUGUUGAAUUCAACACAAGAGUUGCUAAGCACUAGGAACAAUAUUCAGCGUUUGAUGAAGAAGUGUGUGGGGCUCGCCCAGCAGUUAGAGUCCGCAGUGGCAGCUGGAGCUGGGAGGUUGAAGCAACCUGGAAUACUAGACUCCAGUCUGAAAUUGGCACCUUAUCAGCUGGUAGGUUUGAACUGGCUGGCUGUACUUCACAAACAGGGAGUAUCAGGUAUAUUGGCUGAUGAAAUGGGACUUGGGAAAACGGUACAAGUUAUAGCAUUUCUUGCGCACUUGAAGGAAACGGGACAGGCUAGGGGAACACAUCUGAUUGUUGUACCUGCAAGUACUUUAGAUAAUUGGAGUAGUGAGCUGUCGCGGUGGUGUCCUUCACUCAGGGUCAGCAAGUACUAUGGAAAUCCUGAAGAGAGGAGACAGCUCAGGAUAGAGUACUCCAGAGGACUGGAUCAGAUAGACAUUGUACUUACCACUUACACAAUGGUGUCCAGCUGUCCCGAGGAACGUAAAAUGUUUCGUAUAACACCUAUGCACUAUGUGGUCUAUGAUGAGGCUCACAUGCUCAAAAACAUGUCCACACAGAGAUAUGAUAAUUUGCUUAAAAUAAAGUCGAAGCAUCGUCUAUUGCUAACGGGGACACCGCUUCAGAACAAUCUGGUGGAGUUGAUGUCUCUACUGUGCUUCGUCAUGCCGCACAUGUUCUCUGGGAACACCGAUGACCUCAAGAAUCUGUUCCAGAAGAACGCGAAAGCAAAAACCACAAAAAAGACAAAUGGCAACACCGAUGACGAAGUGCCGGCGUUCGAGCAAAGUCAGAUCACUCAAGCUAAGAGGAUUAUGAAACCGUUUGUUCUGCGUCGGCUAAAGCGCGACGUGUUACAAGACCUACCUCAGAAGACGAACCACACAGAACUGUGCCCUAUGUCGGAGAAACAGCAGAGGCAGUACAAAGAGCUCAUAGCUGGCUUUGCGGCUAAAGAUGGAACAAUCCACGCAACGACGGAACAAAGCGGCAUAUCGAUGAUGAUGGACAUGCGUAAACUGGCCAACCAUCCCCUACUACUGCGUUACCACUACGACCAACACACUACCCGCAAGAUGGCCGCCCGCCUGGCCAGGGAUCCCGACUACAAGGAGAAGAACGAACAAUAUCUGUUCGAUGAUCUCAUGUGCAUGUCCGACUUCCAAAUACAUCAACUCACCCAACAGUACUCUUGUAUUAGACAAUAUGCAGUGCCAGAUACUUUAAUAGAAGAUUCCGGCAAGUUCCAAAAGUUAGACUCAAUGCUGCCACAAUUGCAAGCUGAAGGUCAUCGAGUGCUCAUCUUCAGUCAGUUCACGAUGAUGUUGGAUGUCAUCGAGCCUUACCUUAGAAUGAGAAACUACAGGUACCUCCGGCUAGAUGGCAGCACUGCAGUCAAUGAAAGACAAGACCUGAUUGAUCAGUACAAUACCGAGGAUAUAUUUGUGUUCCUGUUGUCCACGAAGGCGGGCGGGCUGGGCAUCAAUCUGACCGCAGCGGACACUGUCAUUAUACACGAUAUAGACUUUAAUCCAUAUAACGACAAGCAGGCAGAAGACAGAUGUCACAGGAUGGGUCAGACCCGCCCGGUCACUAUAUACCGUUUGCUGAGCGCUGGUACCAUCGAGGAAGGUAUCUAUCAGGUUGCUCAGGAAAAACUUAACUUGGAGAAACACGUCACUGGCGCUGAUGAAAACGAAUCGACAGAGCAAAAGAAUGUCGUCCGCCUGUUGUCCGCGGCGUUGGGUCUGACGUCACCGAACAAAUGACUGUUGGCCAACAACAGUGUCAUCGUCAUUGACUAGUGGUCACUGUACUGAGAGGAUCAUAAGGACUAGUGAUCACUAGUGGGAGCGAUCACAUGGGUUAAUGAGUACAGGGACGAGAUAUCACAACACUGGUGUGAUCACAUUAAACGAUCGUUAAUAAUGAGUGAUCAUAGCAUGUGAUGGAUGUGAUAGAUGAACAGACUUGUUGUGUUGUUGUGACAGUGAGUGUUUAAAGUGCGACUACAGUGUCAUUUGGCUUUGCCUGUACCUUAUUUGUUAUGCGAGUCGUUAUUACAUUAUUCUAAUAGCAUGUGCGGGUUCACGCGAGCGUUUCUAUCAAUAUUGUGUUAAGUGAAUGAAAUUAUUAGUUUUUAUGAAUUAAGAAUAUUGCAUUUUGGUGAAAACAAAAAUACUUAAUAGGCCAUUGUAGUGGUGUAAGACGUUGUUAUUUUUAUGAAUAACUUAAUUGUAGGAACUCAUUACUGUUUUUUUACAAGAAAAUAAUAUAUGUUCCCGCUUGCUAUUAGUAUAAUGUGAUAAAAUAUUUAAAAUUUAUCUAAUAAAUGUGUUAAUUAUAUACAAAUUUUUGCUUUUACAUACUGCCUUUCAAACACUUAUAAGACUGGACAUUAUUUUGGUAUACAUUUUACAGAUCAAAUAUGUUAAUAAUUUGCUAUCCGCAAAUAGUUUGAACACACAUCUAUUAUGGGAUAUCUCAAUGUGAUAUGGCAUAGGGUAGUAUAUAUGAAGACAUUUCUACACAGAAUGGUUUCAUAGUGAGUGAGCUUAUGUUUUGUUUAGAUUCAAUAAAAUACUUGGUGUAAAUCAAAAUGUAUGUAUGUAAUAUUAAAAAAAAAAAAAAGGUUAAGGAUUACUGGCACAAAACUGUAUACCAUAAAAAGAAAGGAGUUAUAUUAAAAAAAAAAAAAUGCUUGAGAAAAAUAUAAAUAAUAAUAACGAAUAUGCUUAAACGUUUAAUCUUACGACGUAGUUUCAAUUGUUCCUUUUUGUUGUAUAUAUGAGUAAAACUAUUAUAACAUACAAUAUUUUUGUAUUCAAUAGACGGACCACCAAAGUGAAAGUUUUAGUUAAUUAUUUAUUUGUUAUAUAUAUAUAUAUUUGUAUUUUAUAUCAUUCCAUAUGUACCGUUAGUUGAAAACAUGUUAGUGUGUACCGUUUUCUUAAAUAACAUUUUUGUAAAUAUCAUUUGAUAGGCUGGUUUCCUAAAUUCUGAUUUGUUUUGAAUGUAAUUUAAUAAGUUGAAGGCCAUUUGAUGAUUAUUAUAAUGAGAUGUUAUAUAUGUAUUUAGUUAAGUAGAAAAAUUUUUUGUUUGUCUCGAACGAUGAGGUAGUAUGUGUAAGUAUUGUAACAAUGUUUCAGGUUUCUCCGCCAGAUUCAUCUCAUAGUGUAUCCAUAAAAGGAUAAUUUUUCCUUUUAUAUCUGUUAGUUAUUAUUGAUUGUACUAAGAUUCUCAACUUGUAAAAUAUAUACAAAAAUUGUACAUAA